ACACGGGAGACUCUCUCUCCAGGGCACAGUCACCAUUCGAAGGGCGUUGAAUUAUCUCAAUAUUUACUGACAAGAAGUUUUCCCUCAUACAAAAUAAUUCCUCUAAUAUUGAUCUUAGUUGCUGUAAAUACAAAUUUAUAGCGUGUUGGUUAUUCUUUCAUUUUUGUUUUUAUGGUUUCUCCAUCAUAAUUAAAAUUGCAGUCUGGCCUGUAAAUUCCUGUACGGCCGGGUCUGUGUGUGUUUUUCUCCGGACGGUGAGAUAUCUGCUCUCUUUACGAUGCCUCGUCACCCUGAGUCAGACCACAGAAGCUGAUAACGGAACAGCAGAUAUGCACUGGGCCAAUCGUCACUGCCCUGGCAGACAGACAGGAAGGGACAAAGUUUGGUUCACUCUGAUUUGGAGCGUCCCGAAGACGGCAGCAGCAGGCGUGGAGAGAAGGGCGCGGGCCUGCGGAGAGUGAAUACAGACCCAACCUCACGCCCGGAGAGGGUCCAGGAGAAGGUUUAAGGUUCACAGCGGGGGAACGAGGGAAAGAGGCACAUUGGAGCACAGCUCUAUUGGACACCUCAUCACAGCCAGCCUCUGUGGGACGGCUGGUGCCAAAAAAAACGCCCAAAUUACCAAAAACACACCGAGGCAACGUGCGAAGGCGGUUGGAGUGAGCAGCACAGGAACGCAGUGUGGGACAGGAGAGCACAGGAACACGGUGUGGGAUAGGAGAGCACAGGAACACGGAGUGGGACAGGAGAGCACAGGAACACGGAGUGGGACAGGAGAGCACAGGAACACGGCGUGGGACAGGAGAGCACAGGAACACGGAGUGGGACAGGAGAGCACAGUCAAAGCCCAGGCUAUAUCAGAGCACCUGUGUCGGAUCGGACAGGAGGACACCAUGAAGCUGUCCGGAACCACACUGGACCUGGACUCCACCGACUACACCAUGACCCUUGACCCCUCCUACACCAUGCUGGAGUUCGACAGUCUGAGAGUGCUGUCUGUGGAACCGGAGCCCCUGGUGACAGAGCUCGCCCUCCCGCCCGCAGCAGCCAAUGGGAGCGCGUGCUCCAUCUGCGCAGACCGCGCCACGGGGAAGCACUACGGCGCAGCCAGCUGCGACGGCUGCAAGGGCUUCUUCAGGAGGAGCGUGAGGAAGAACUACGCCUACACCUGCAGGUUUAACAGGCAGUGUGUGGUGGAUAAGGACAAGAGGAACCAGUGCCGGUACUGCCGGCUACGGAAGUGCUUCCGAGCGGGAAUGAGGAAGGAAGCGGUCCAGAACGAGCGCGACCGCAUCAGUAACCGCAGGGCAGACGAAGUGGACCUGGGCUCCCUCUCCAUCAGGGUCUUCCUGCAGGCCGAGGCCAGCGCACACCAGUUCUCAGCACUGACCCCGCCCAUCUGUGACAUCGGGACCAAGAAGAUCGCCAGCGUGGGGGACGUGUGCGAGUCCAUGAAGCAACAGCUCCUCCUGCUGGUGGAGUGGGCCAAGCGCAUCCCAGAGUUCUGUGCACUGCCAGUGGAUGACAGGGUGGUUCUGUUGCGGGCCCACUCAGCAGAGCACCUGAUCCUGGGAGUGGCCCGGCGCUCCAUGCCCUACGAUGACAUUAUCCUGCUGGGAAAUGACUUCAUCAUCCCGGUGCACGGGCCGGAGGUGGAGGUGUCCAGACUGGCCGCCCGGAUCCAGGAGGAGCUUGUGAAGCCCCUGAGGGAGCUGGACGUCACCGACGGAGAGUUCGCCUGCCUGAAGGCCAUCGUGUUCUUUUCCCCAGACUGCCCCGGGCUGGAGUGCCCCCAGGCGGUGCGGAGGCUGCGGUUCCAGACCCAGGUGCUGCUGGAGGGGACGGCCAGCGAGCAGCGAGGCCGGCUGGGAGAGCUGCUCCUCACGCUGCCCGCCCUGCAGAGCGUGGCCUGGCAGAUGGUGGAGCAGCUGCAGCUGGUGCGUCUCCUGGGGGAGGCGCACAUCGACAGUCUGCUGCAGGAGAUGCUCCUGGGGGAGACGCAGACGGCCGCCGCGGGAACCGCAGCGCGAGCAGGUGCAAGGCCAGACCUUCUCUCCUUCCCCACACCUGGAGCCCCCGCUCCAGCCCGGAGCAUGCUGGGAAGCCACGUCAUGUUGCCUGGCAACUUCACCUCCGUCAUCCUUCCAGUGCCCACAACUCUCCAGACGGGCUCCCAGGUCCCGGGUGGGGCUGAGGUGUACGAGCGUGGGGAGAGUUCCCGCAUGCCCACAGGCUCUCUGCACAGUCUGACCGCCCCACCUGCACACACCUGCCUCUGAGACACACACACACACCUGCCUCUGAGACACACACCUGUCUCUGAGCCACACACACCACACACACACCUGUCUCUGAGAGAGACACACCACACACACACCACACACACCUGAGCCACACACACCUGUCUCUGAGACACACACACCUGAGCCACACACACCACACACACCUGUCUCUGAGACACACACACCACACACACAC